CAGCUGUACGUCCUCAAGUUUCCAAGAUGUCAGAUGCUAAUGCGCCCCUUUGUCCCAAGAGGAAGAUCCAGUUGGUGGACUUUCUUCUCCAAUUCAGAUGGAUCCUUGUUAUCUUCUUUGUCCUUCCUUUCUCGUUCCUGUAUUACUUCUCCACAUAUCUAGGGGAUGUUAGAUCUGAGAGGAAACCCUUCGAGCAGCGUCAAAAGGAACACAAUUUAAAUGUUAAAGAGGUUGUGAAGCGCCUUGGAGAGAGGGAUGGAUCAAAGGAUGGUCUUGUCUGCACGGCCAGGCCUCCCUGGGUUGUUGUUGGAAUGAGAAAUGUUGACUAUAAGCGUGCUCGUCAUUUUGAAGUUGAUCUUUCUAAGUUUAGAAAUAUACUUGAAAUUGACAAGGAACGAAUGAUUGCCAGAGUGGAGCCUCUAGUCAAUAUGGCUCAAAUCUCUAGGGUUAUUGUCCCAAUGAAUCUUUCCCUUGCAGUUCUUGCUGAGCUUGAUGAUCUGACCGUUGGUGGUCUGAUCAAUGGCUUCGGGAUUGAAGGAAGCUCUCACAUCUUUGGAUUAUUCUCUGACACUGUUGUGUCACUUGAGGUUGUUCUAGCAGCUGGACGGGUGGUUAGAGCUACAAAGGACAAUGAAUAUUCUGAUCUUUUCUAUGCUAUCCCAUGGUCUCAAGGGACAUUGGGGCUUCUUGUUUCAGCUGAGAUCAAGCUUAUACCAGUUAAGGAAUACGUGAGACUUACCUACAAACCUGUAACUGGUAACCUAAAACAGCUUGCACAAGCUUAUGCGGAUUCUUUUGCACCUAGAGAUGGGGACCAGGACAAUCCUUCCAAAGUUCCAGAGAUGGUAGAAGGCAUGAUUUAUAGUCCCACAGAAGGUGUUAUGAUGAGCGGUACAUAUUCUUCGAAAAAAGAAGCCCAGCAAAAGGGUAAUGUAAUCAACAAUUAUGGUUGGUGGUUCAAACCAUGGUUUUACCAGCACGCUCAAACUGCACUGGAAAGAGGGGAGUUUGUGGAGUACAUUCCAACUAGGGACUACUACCAUAGGCACACAAGAUCCUUGUUUUGGGAAGGGAAACUAAUUCUUCCAUUUGGUGAUCAGUUCUGGUUUAGGUUUCUCCUAGGAUGGCUCAUGCCACCCAAGAUUGCUCUGCUUAAAGCCACUCAAAGUGAGUCUAUGAGAAACUAUUACCAUGACCAUCAUGUCAUUCAGGAUCUUCUUGUUCCUCUUUACAAAGUCGGAGAUACUCUAGAGUGGGUCCACCGCGAGAUGGAGGUAUAUCCCAUCUGGCUCUGCCCACACAGAAUUUACAAGCUGCCUAUGAAACCUAUGAUCUAUCCUGAACCAGGAUUUGAGAAACACCACAGGCAGGGUGACACCAAAUAUGCUCAAAUGUAUACUGAUGUCGGCGUCUACUAUGUUCCUGGAGCUGUGCUGAGGGGUAAGCCCUUUGAUGGUGCAGAGAAAUGCCGCCAACUAGAGCUUUGGUUGAUCGAGAACCAUGGAUUCCAGGCUCAGUACGCGGUCACUGAGCUGACAGAGAAGAACUUCUGGAGGAUGUUUGAUAACAGCCUCUACGAGCAGUGCAGAAGAAAGUACAAAGCCAUUGGGACAUUCAUGAGCGUGUACUAUAAAUCUAAGAAAGGAAGGAAGACGGAGAAGGAGGUGCAGGAAGCUGAGCAAGAGAAAGCUGAACAAGAGACUCCGGAAGUGGAUGAGCCUGCAAAUUGAAUUAGACCAGUUUCAUUAUAAUUUCUCUGCCUUUGUCAUCCAUUUAGUUGUGCUAGUCUGAAUUUUCAUUUUAAAUAACCAGCUACAUUGAACUACUAGUAAGUAGCUUAGCUUGCCGUGUCGGUUCGAAAUUUUGAUAAUGUAAUAAUGGAAAGUGCAGUUUGAAAUUCAGAUGAUGGUACAAAUAAUGAUGUUAUGUAGCCGUUUUGGUUUCAUGUUA